UCUGCCUGCCUACCUUCAGGAACCAUGACUACCAGGUCCACCAUGAGUAGCCAAAGCAGAAGCCAACGCGGCUUCAGUGCCAGCUCAGCCACAGUACCCGGGGUCUGCCGCUCCGGCUUCAGCAGCAUGUCCGUAUCCCGAUCCAGGGGCAGCGGUGGCCUCGGUGGAGCGUGCGGGGGAGCUGGCUUUGGGAGCCGCAGCCUCUACAGCCUGGGGGGUUCCAGGAGGAUCUCCACUGGUGUGGGCAGCUGUGCCAUUAGUGGCGGAUAUGGUGGCAGAGCUGCAGGAGGCUAUGGCUUUGCAGGUGGAGUCGGGAGUGGAUACGGUUUCGGCAGUGGAGCUGGUGGUGGCUUUGGGCUUGGUGGUGGCGCUGGCUUUGCUGGAGGGUAUGGGGGCCCUGGCUUCCCUGUAUGUCCCCCUGGAGGCAUCCAAGAGGUCACCAUCAACCAGAAUCUCCUCACUCCUCUGAACCUGCAAAUCGACCCCACCAUCCAGCGGGUGAGGACUGAGGAGCGGGAGCAGAUCAAGACCCUCAACAACAAGUUUGCCUCCUUCAUCGACAAGGUGCGGUUCCUGGAGCAGCAGAACAAGGUCCUGGACACCAAGUGGACCCUGCUGCAGGAGCAGGGCACCAAGACUGUGAGGCAGAACCUGGAGCCUCUGUUCGAGCAGUACAUCAACGACCUCAGGAGACAGCUGGAGAACAUCCUGAGGGAGCGAACCCACCUGGACUCGGAGCUGAGGAGCAUGCAGGACGUGGUGGAGGACUACAAGAACAAAUAUGAAGAUGAAAUCAACAAGCGCACAGCAGCAGAGAACGAAUUUGUGACUCUGAAGAAGGAUGUGGAUGCUGCCUACAUGAAUAAAGUUGAACUGCAAGCCAAGGUAGACUCUCUGACAGAUGAGACCAACUUCUUGAGAGCCUUCUAUGAAGCAGAACUGGCUCAGAUGCAAACCCACAUCUCAGACACAUCCGUGGUCCUGUCCAUGGACAACAACCGCAACCUGGACCUGGACAGCAUCAUCGCCGAGGUCAAGGCCCAGUACGAGGAGAUCGCCCAGAGGAGCCGGGCUGAGGCUGAGUCCUGGUACCAGACCAAGUAUGAGGAGCUGCAGGUCACAGCUGGCAGACACGGGGAUGACCUGCGCAACACCAAGCACGAGAUUUCUGAGCUCAACCGCAUGAUCCAGAGGCUGAGAUCCGAGAUCGACCACGUCAAGAAACAGUGCGCCAACCUGCAGGCCGCCAUUGCUGAUGCUGAGCACCGUGGAGAGAUGGCCCUCAAGGAUGCCAAGAAUAAGCUGGCUGAGCUGGAGGACGCCCUACAGAAGGCCAAGCAGGACAUGGCCCGGCUGCUGAAGGACUACCAGGAGCUGAUGAAUGUCAAGCUGGCCCUGGACGUGGAGAUCGCCACCUACAGGAAGCUGCUGGAGGGCGAGGAGUGCAGGCUGAAUGGGGAAGGCAUCGGACAAGUCAACAUCUCCGUGGUGCAGUCCACUGUCUCCAGUGGCUACGGCAGCGCCAGUGGCGCCGGCAGCGGCCUGGGUGUGGGCGGAGGCGUGGGCUACUCCUAUGGCAGUGGUCCCAGCCUCAGAGGUGGCUUCAGUUCCGGCAGCGGCAGAGGCAUCGGGGGUGGUCUGAGCUCCACUGGAGGCAGCAGCUCUACCAUCAAGUAUACCACUUCAUCCUCCAGCAGGAAGAGCUACCAGCACUGAAGUCC